AGCCAAUCUUUAUUGGCCGUGCACUCGCCCCAUCCUUAGGCACGUCAAGCCACUGAACCCCCCAGACGAGAUCAUGAUGAUACCCAGCUAAUUAGUUGGCUGGAAUUCCAAUUCCUUCUCCUUCUCCUCCUUUAGUCCAAUUAUGCCUGUAACACGACCAUCUUUUGAUACUGCUGCGCGGCAGCAAUGGCCUCCGCUUACCUCUGCUUUCUGGGGUAUUAAUCAACAAUCUAACCACGCAUCGCCGGGCAUCGACACAUCCAGCCAAGGGAGUUUGAAUUCGAUGCCGAACCACUCUCUCACUCGCGUAAUAGAGCCACACAGUUCUCGGCGCAUAGAAGCUACCGGAGACAGUUUUCAUCCCAACCUCACAACCUCACCUGGCAUUGUGAGCAGUUCCGCGGACUCAAGCCGUGCCAGUCCAUCUACUGCACCAUCGACGCCGCCUGACGAAGGAGCUGACACCAGUAGCGCACGCAACCCAUCGUCCGAAUCGACUUCGUCCAUUGAUAAAGCAGCUUCUGGGCUUUCAGAGCAUCCCAUUCAGCAUAGUCAAGCUGCUGGCAAGCAUCCAAACCUUUGUCCCACACAAAGUUCUGUACUAGAAAGUGGAUCCAACUUGAAUGCCAGUACAAGGCAACGGACGCAAAAUAAUGGCGAUUCAUCCUCAAGUCUGACUGGAGUCUGCAUAAGCACCACACCGUCACGAAUACACCUUGACGCAGUCGCGCGGGAUAUGGCUGUAGGUGAUGAUUCGUCUGUCCACGGAUCUCACAGCGGCUGCAAUUCCCAUUUAGUCGCACCCAACCCGACAGAAGAUGCAAUAAGCCUGCCUGGCACCAAAAGACCAUAUUCGGGGCCAGCGAAUGAUGCCGAUUUAAUCGAAGACAAUAUAUGCCAUGGUAUUAAGCGGUUUCGAGGGGAUUUUCGUUUUUCGGGGAGCAGACUACAGACGGGUUGAAUGGGCGUGGUACAGCUAGUCGGCAAGACUUAAAUGUCACUGUGAGAAACCUCAUAGCGCCGGUCUCUGACAUCACAAGUAAAGGGAAUUCUCAUGUUCAAUGAUGCCUGCUAAUUGUCAUAGGUC